AUGCGCCACAGUCGAGGUCUCAGUUUGGGUGGCAGGUCAUCACAUUCCCAUCAUUCCAACAACUCGAAUAAAAUCGAUUUGACGGAAUCUGCUGAGGAGAAAGCCAAACGCACGCUACAUUCCAAAGCCGACCCGAUGGUUGCUAUGAAUGAAGCGCAACCAAUAACGGUUGCCCUCGAGAAGUCAACUUUGAGUUCCCUAAGGGAAAUGCAGCAUAAAGACCAGUACGGGAAUAUUAUAAGUUCGUCGAAACCUCUGCCCCCUUUUUGGUUGUCAUUGGGGACUGUCGAGAGGGACCCGAUGCUAAUUGUCGCCUUUAAAACAGCCGAUCCAGACCUUUCGAAUCCAACCCGUCCCCGGCUUGAGCGUCCGUUGGACACUAUCCGAUCGUUUGAGGCCGCAAUCUAUGGGACCUAUAGCAGCCGACCCGUUUCGUAUGCUAAAACAGACUAUGAAUCAAACCACGGCGCUGAAUAUAAUAGACGCGACAGCUAUCAUGGAGGAGCCAACGGAUAUGUAAAUCGGGGGUAUAACGAACAGAGCGCGUAUUACAACGGGCGUUCGCGACCGGAUAGCUUCGUCGAGAACAACUAUGGUGGCGGGCCGCCUACGGAGAACUACUACCCUUAUAAUCAAGGAGGUGGGAGACCCCGACGUCAUCCACGCAAUACUUCUGAACAGGCAAUGUAUGGGCAGAAUUACUCGCAGAAUGGAUACGCUCCCACUGGGUAUUCUCAGAAUGGUUACCACAGAUCCUACGAAAACGAGACUGCUGCUUCAGGAUCUGGGAGCAACACCGAUCCGUAUGGAAAUUCGACGGAUCCAAGCUCCGUGAACAGCUCCAUCGACCAUCUACAGUAUCAACAACGUAUGGAGGAGAGGGCGAUGGUAGAUGGCUAUGGAUUCCAAGGAUAUGGCUCUGGGCUCAACAUGGAGGGCCAGGCAACGCGAGGGGCGACUGGAGCUGGCAAAAUGAAUGUGAACAGAGGGGUCCCAGUCAUAGAUCCGACAGCUGGUGGGCCUGUUGGUGGACCAGCUGCUGCUGCCGCUUCCAAUCGUCAACAUCUGCGCAAGCAGACCAAUGCCUCCGACGCCAGCGAUACGAAGCGAAAGAGCUGGUUCAAACGAAGGUUCAGCAAGAAUUAG